AUGCCUCCCGAUUUGUCAAUGUGGCCUUUCUGCCCGUUCGCGCUUGGGUCGUCUGUGGACAGCGUCGGCCAAGCUGAGGUAUGCCAUGUGAGGCAGGACACCAGCGCACCGACAACCAACGCGAUGUGGCGUACCCGCAUUGGAGAGAAGGAAGUCCUUCGCUUCACUUUGACAGAUACUUCACCUUCAGCACUAUCCCAGCUUGACGACGCGGCACGCCAGCUCUCGGGACCCGGACAGGUGCUAAAAAGCGCGUUUUGGGCCACUGACACCAAGAACUUUGUCCAGGAGGGUUCCAAGCGAAGGCUCUUGCAGUUACGUAACUCGACGACGGAGUCAAGGAUAUUCGCCUCACGAAAGAGGCCGUUGCCCGCUCUAGACGAGAAGGAGCAAGAGAGCUCUGGUCAACAAGAGAUCGACGCCGUGGCUCAGGGUGAUGGUCAAGACCAGGGUCAUCGUCCCCAAAAGCGCCAGAGACGAGCUUAUUGCGUUGGGUGCAAGUCCAACGAACACCGCCUGGACAGAUGCCUUAAGGCUGGCGCAGAUGGGUACAUGAAGGGAUGCCCGUACUGCGACACGAUGGAUCACAAUGCCAACGCCUGCAGACACCCAGACCUUUUGAACGACAAGUCCGAGAGAGCCAAAUACUUUGUGAAGUUUCGACGCAACAUGCCAAGCUUCCUGAACAUCAAGAGUUGGUACGACCUUGUCAACAAGAAUGUUCACCGCAGCCAGCUUCGGGAGAACACUGAGUUCCCGUGGACCCCCGAGUUUACCAAGUCCAAAGCCGCACAAAUCGACGAACUUCAGCGUAGGGUGGACGAAAAGGGUCUCGGAGGCGCAAGGCUGCCCGUGGAUCCCACUGUCAAUGGGUGGUCAGCUGUAGUAGCAUAUUGUGAGAGUCUCAAGAGAGAAGACCAGGAGACAGCCUUGGCUGAGACGCGUGCCAGGGUGGUUCCUUUGACAGAUUUGCAAAAGGCUCUUGCGGCAAAGAUGAGCCACACUGAAGAACCUGAGUCUUCGUGGUCAGCAGCCAAAGAGGGCAGUGAAGACACCGACAUGGCUAGCAACAAUCCCGUUGAGCCGGCUCCUGAAGAUCACCGCGGCGUCACUUCUGUGCCCGAAGCAGAGGAGGAGUCUGCCGAGGCUGCUCUCUUUGCACUUGCAAAGGAAGAGAAAGAGAAGUCGAAUCGCCAAUCUUGGUCUGAGGAAGCCAAAGAUGAGGAUGAAGGCGUCGACAGCGAUGAUGAACUCGAAGACGACGACUUGAUUCGAAAGAGGCGCAAGCAGAGGAAGGCUGCGCUCAUACGGAUGGCCAUCCUUGCGAAGAGUCAGGCCACUAAGGAGUGA